AUGGCGUCUUUAACAGGUGUGACACAGAGAUCUGCUUCUGGCAACAAAGAUGAUGGCAGCCCUGUAGGAGAUUUAUAUUCCAAGAUUGCCACUGGCGGAUUCGGCCUGUGGAUUUCUGCUGUCAUAGUGCUUGGGCUUUCGGCUGGGAUCAUCUCAAAGACACCACCAAGUGCAUUGCGGUCUGCGGCGUCAUACAAUCUGGCGGUGGCUGCGUUGGAAUUUUUCCUUGCCCUUAGCUCCAUCACCAAGCCUGUUUCGCCUACCAAGACGAGGUCCCCAGCGAGGUUCAUCAUCAUCUUGGCCUUCACCACCAUGAUGUGGGGUGCUGCGUUUCCCUUGAUGUUUGUGACGCGAAGUAACCGUGAGACAUACAAAGUCAUCAAUCUAGACAAACGUGUCCUGGUCUCUUUUGGCACAGGGGUUGUCGGUAUCCUGCAGAACAUCACUAUCGCAUGUGCUUGUUUGGGAGUGUCUGCAUUUAUUUUCGUUCUUUAUCAGUGGUAUUGCCUGUGUCGAUUGUUCUUGGGUAAAUUUACCCCCGAGGAGAUUCGUCAGGCCUAUGGGAGACACGCUUUAUAA